UCGAAUCGGAAUCUUGGAAAUCUCUUGAACUCUGUGAACUGCAUCAACAAAGAUUUCCUCUGCGAGCUCCAGCAUCAGAUAAAUAUGCACAUUCCACUUGCCGUUUGUAAGAUGCGUAAGUUGCAGAUCCAAAUUCUGACCCGCGACGGUCGCAAGAACAUCUAUGAGACCGACCGCUCUCGCAACGUGGCCGAUUUGAAGAAGCGCAUUGGACGCACCAUGAACGUGCCGAUGGCAUUUAGCCGGCUGACUUAUAAGGGUCGCCUGCUGACCAACGAUAGCAUUCUGGAGGAUGAGGGCGUGAAGCGCAUGUCUACGUUGGAGCUAUAUUGGCAGCCAUUGGUGCUGACACCCAAGCAGUAUCGCGAAAAGGAACUGGAACUGGACAAGCUCGACCAGAAGCAGCGUCACGUGUCGCGCAUCGCUGAGAACUAUGAGCAGACCGUUAAGAAGGGCGGACACGAGAGAACUCCGAGCGGACUGCGCCGCACACGUGACCAUUUGCGGGUGAAGCGUUCGUUGAGCGCCGACGAUAUGAAGAUGUCCACAAACAGCUUCGUCCGCCAGUCGGAGCGCAAAAUUGACGAAUGCGUGCCGGAGGAGGAGCUGAAGAGCUCAUCGUCAUCCGAGGAGCUAGACUUUCUCGCCUCCUAUUGGUGCUGCACGAAGAACACCACGAAGAAGACACGCAAAUCAUUGGACGCCACUGGGCUUAAUUAUGUCGAUGUCCCCAUCGAUGCUGAUGCUGAUGUCGUUGCCGAUGCUAAAGGUAAUGCUAAGGCUAAGGCUAAUCAAAAUGGCGGGGCACUCAAACUGGAUGCUGGCAAUGAAUUGAAGAUGAAGGCAUCUGGCAUAGCCACUGGAACUGGCACUGGCAUCGGCUCUGCCACUGGCAUCGGCUCUGCCAUUGGCAUCGGUUCUGGAACUGGAACUGGUAUUGGCACUGGAACUGCAGCUGGAACUGACUUUCCACCAUCAGACACAACCACCACAGAUGACGAUGAUCUCGAAGAGCUAAUGGAUGAGCCCUGCAUGAACUAUAAGCAUCAGCCGUUCCGCAGCGGACUACGUCUGGCCGCUGGCCGCAUGUCUCGCAGCAUCAUCACCAAUAUCAGGAAGAAUCAGAAGACUAGCAAGAAAUAAGGAAAGCCAAGUGGCUGACAGACUCUGGCCCACAGUUUGAAUCAGGAAUUGGAACGACUUGUUUACUUUUACUACACUAGCUGCAUAACUAAUCCGAUAUAUAUAUAUAGAUAUAUAUGUAUAUGUAAUAUAUUUGAAUAUGCAUAUAAAUAUAUAUAUAUAUAUAUAUAUACCUCUUUUUUGGCCUGCCAGCAGCAGCAGCCGAUCGAAAAAUCCCAAUUUCCAUACAUCAGCCAAUUCCAAAUUAACGUCAACUCAUAUCACAAAGGAGUGGAUAUACUUACACUCCUCACAUACACACAUACAUAUUGCAAUGUGCACACACAUAUAAAAAUAAAUAUGCAAAUGCAUCCAUAUAUACAGUUACAACUAACAUGGCCAAUAUUGUGAUUAAAAUUAUUUAAACUUCA